ACCUCUGAAAAAUUAUAAGAACGUAUGUAGAUCAAUGUAUCUCAGAGACCACCCGUUCCGGGACAUAGGUGCCUGGCUUGGUGCUCUCUCCUCGGAUCAAGUAAUGAGAUUGAACGAGAACAGUGAUCUUUUGGGUCUUCUCUCCGACCGAAUUCGACAAUUUGGCGAGCCAGCCGGGAGUCCAAACGGCACCCAGCAGUGGAUCGGUGUAAGUGGAAAAGGCAGAAACUCAUGAUUGGAGACAAGACGGGCCCACAGGGCGAUUUGACCCUGGUCUUCUCUCAGCCGCGAUUCUGUAGCUCUCCCCCUUUGAUCCCCGACUGGAGUGACCUUAGGACUUCUCGAACCCGAGGGGAAAUCGGUCGGAUCCAACAAGCAGAGGAUUUGUUUAUGGGAAUCUCAAACACAACAUCAGCAAAUUCACACUGGUGAGAGGCCAUUCACCUGCUCUGAGUGUGGGAAGGGAUUCACUCGGUCAUUACAGUUGCUGACUCACCAACAAAUUCACAGAGAAGAGGCCGUGUAUCUGAACUGAGUGUGGGAAGGACUUCCUUCAGUGAACCCACCUGCUGACACACUAGCGUGUUAAUACUGGGGAGUGGCUGUUCUCCUGCUCAACGUGUGGUAAGGGAUUGGCUCAGUCAUCCAGCCUGAUGACGCACCAACGAGUUCAUGCCGGGGAAAGGCCAUUCUCCUGCUCGGAGUGUGGGGGGGGCUUUGCUCAGUCAUCCCACUUGCAGGCACACCAGCGAGUUCACACUGGGGAGAGGCCGUUCUCCUGCUCAACAUGUGGGAAGCGAUUCACUGAGUUAUCCAACUUGAAGAAACACCAGCGAGUUCAUACUGGGGAGAGGCCGUACACCUGCUCAACGUGUGGGAAAGGAUUCAGUCAGUUAUCCAACUUGAUAACACACCAGCGAGUUCACAUUGGGGAGAAGCCAUACAGCUGUUCUGAGUGCGGGAAGGGAUUCACUCAGUUUUCCCACCUGAUAACGCACCAGAGAGUUCACACUGGGGAGAAGCCGUACACCUGCUCCGAGUGUUGGAAAGGAUUCAGUCAGUCAUCCAGCCUGAAGAGACACCAGCAUGUUCACACCAGGGAGAGGCCAUUCACCUGCUCUGAGUGCAGGAAGGGAUUCCCUUUGUCAUCUCAGCUGCUGAAACACCAGCAAAUUCAUACUGCGGAGAAAGCUUAACCACAUUGUAUGCUCAAUGUACAACCAUCACUGCUAUUCAAAUCCAGCGCAAAUUCACAAGCCUUGCAGGUGUUCACGGGGGAUGGAUUCUGUCGACGCUGCUGAUCUCAUCCAGGAUUGAACCCUGGUUAUUGGGCACAGUUGAUUUUCGUUUGUAAUCUCUUUAACUGAGUUAGAGUUCAAUG